AUGGAGCAUGCUCGGUUCCGUGGUAGCUUUCGGAACGGAUCUUUGAAGCGGAUGCGGCCAGAGCCCAUCGAUGGCUCGCCCAAGAACUUGGAGAUGGAACCGUUGAGCUGGGAACAGGACGGUGUCUUGACUGGCGGGUCUAGUGACGAGGGCCCCUCCGAUGAACAACAAUUUGAAACACUCAACGCUGGUCAUGUCCUCUAUCUUGUAUUGGACAGCAAUCAACCAAACCCUCUCUUUCGAUCACCCGUCAAGGAGCCACUGCAUGUCCUCGAUAUAGGGACAGGACCUGGCACUUGGGCCAUCCGACCAAUUUCCUGCUGGUGGGUCAAUAUGAAACAAGUCUCUGUCGUCCAUCGCCUAACAAACCCAGCAACCGUAUAUGGUGUUGACCUCUCUCCGCCGCCAUCCAACUGGGUCCCUCCCAAUUGCUUUCUCCAGGUGGACGACGUCCUAGAAGAAUGGACGUGGAGGCAAGAUUUUGACCUGAUUCAUAUGCGUCUUAUGCUAGGUGCCUUCACAGACACAGAAUGGACGGCUGUGUACAAAAAGUGCUUCGACAACCUACGGUCCGGAGGAUACAUCGAACAAGUCGAGUUGGACGUACGGGUCAUGUCUGAUGAUGGCUCACUCGCCCCUGACUCGCUGUUAGCCGGAUGGGGACAGACGUUCCUCGACUGCGCGCGACGGGCAGGUCGUCCCUUGGACACGCAGUUGACGAUGAAGGCCAAGAUCGAAGCAGCCGGGUUUGUCGACGUCCAAGAACACCUGUACAAAUGUCCCAUCGGCGCAUGGCCCAAGGACCCGCUCCUCAAGGACGCUGGCCGGAUUAACCUGACACACUGGAGUUCUGGUCUGGAUGGAUGGGCCAUGAUGUUAUUGACGAGAUGGGGGGCGCCGGAACCCUGGACGGCUGAUGAAGCCAGAGUCUAUGUUGCCAGAGUGAGGGAAGAACUGAAGAAGCGCCGACUGCACAUCUGGCAUUACACGUGA